AUGUUUACAAAUGAUUUAGCAGUAGCAAGAAACAAAUUAGGUUCAAUCGAUCAAGAGAAACGUUAUGUUCAAGGUGAAUUCCUUGGUAUUACUUUCAAUGAAAUUGCAUUAAACAACUAUGCAAAAUCAUUACAGCGUUCUUAUGCUAUUUUACUUGCAAACCAAAAAGUUCCAGAAACCGAGUAUCAUUAUUAUUCAAUUCCUUCGCAGAAAAUGAUGAAAGUAUUAAUGGAUAAUUAUACAGAAGAUCAAUUUGAAAUGAAUGUUCAAUUCACAAAUGGUGGAAUGUAUUUUAUUCAGUUACGUUAUGGAGAAACAAUCUAUCCAUUUUAUAUCGAUGAUGAUUGGUUACAUAUAUUUACAUUCUUUAUUCAACAAGUUAUUUCAGCAGAUUUCCUUCUUGGAACAGAUGUAGCAUUGAGUUCUCUUGAUCAAAUUGAGAAUUUACCUGAUGACAAUGAAAUCAAAAUAAAAUGGAAUCAGAUAACAGAGAAUUUGGAAUGGAAUAAAGUUGAUGAAGAUGGAAACAUUAUUGAACAAAACGAAGGUGAACUUCAUUAUGGAACAUUUGGUGGUGACAAUCAAGAAAAUCAAGAACAAUAUGUAGAACAACCACAAAUUAACUUACACGAAGAUGAACGUAGAAACCUUGUUGAUGAUUAUGGAAACAUAGUUUAUCCUGUCGAAGAAAGACAAUUUACAGAUGACAAUGGAAAUGUAGUUGAUUAUCGUGGUAAUCUUAUCGCACCAGCAUACGACGAGGACCAAGUUGAUGAAUCUGGAAAUCCUAUUUACUAA